AUGUCGAAGACCAAUGUCUUUCAUCACCUUCCAUUCUUGCGCCGUGCCCGUUCACAAGGCAUCGCCUUAGGCAAUCGCCGUCUAUAUUCGAACGCCAGUGGCACUUCAGCACUCACACGCAGUCAUAUCACCGCCUGGGUUCUCACGGCAUCUCUUGCUGCAGGAAUUGCUGGAUACAAACUUGGCCACAUUGGGGCCAGCUCAACAUUCACCUCAUAUACCAUUCCCGGCGAGAAGCCGCGCUUUGGUACUCCUAGAGACUUCCAACUCGCUGUCGUCGAACUGAAGAGGGCGUUCGCCAGCGACUCCGAAGACGAAGCGCAGGUGUCAACUGAUCCAGAGGAAUUGGAAAGACAUGGCUUCUCGAUGUACGAUUAUCACCCCAGUGCAUUCCAUAAUGUGGUGGUGUACCCUCGUUCGACGGAGGAUGUAGUCAAGAUCGUGAACAUUGCCCGCAAGUAUCUUAUGCCCGUCAUUCCGUAUUCCGGGGGAACCAGCGUCGAAGGGCACACACGUGGGCAUUCCACGGGAGGGAUCUGCGUCGACAUGUCCCAAAUGGACGCGAUCAUCGAGAUCCACGAGCAGGAUUCUGACUUAGUAUGUCAACCCGGGUGCCAGUGGAUGGCCAUCAAUGAGGCAUUGCAGAAGAAGGGAAUCCCGCUGUUCUUCCCCCUCGACCCUGGACCUGGCGCGACAAUUGGAGGGAUGCUCAGCACCGGUUGCUCGGGAACCAAUGCCGUCCGUUAUGGAACGGCAAGAGGCGAAUGGUUCCUCAACGCUACCGUAGUUCUUCCAUCUGGUGAAGUCAUCAAGACGCGCAGCCGCGCGCGCAAGUCGUCUGCCGGGUUUGACUUGACCAAGCUUUUCAUCGGUGCAGAAGGGACGCUGGGGAUCGUCACUGAGGUGACGAUUCGCCUGGCCCCCGUUCUGCCUACAACGGUCGCGAUCGUGCAUUUCCCCGAUGUGAAGCAGGCCACCGAAGCUGUUACUGACGCCCUCAACCAAGGCGUCGGCAUCCAAUGCGCGGAGCUCGUAGACGACCGCUUCAUGCACGCCACCAACCUCAACGGCAUGUCAAUGCGCAAGUGGCCGGAAAGGGACAGUGUAUUCUUCAAGUUUCAAGGCCCCUCCCCGGCUGCGCUUCGGGAUACCGCCCAAGUCGUAAAGCGCGUGGUUGAGAGGCACGGCGGCUUCGGAUUCACGCUAGCGAAGGACGAGAAGGAGGCGGGGACUCUGUGGGCUGAUAGAAAGAACGCGCUGUUUUCGACGCUCGCGCUGGUGGAUGACCCUAAUGUACGGAUUUUGGGGACUGAUGUGUGCGUCCCCGUCUCGAACCUCCCCCAGCUCGUCCUCGAGACGAAGGAGGACCUCGCGAGGAACAACAUCCUCUUCACGAUCGUCGGGCACGUUGGCGACGGCAACUUCCACGCCGCGAUCCUCUUGCACAACACCCACCGAGCGUGUCGCCGUCGUAGAGGCCGUCCACCGCUUGGUGGAGCGCGCAAUUGCGCUGGACGGCACGUGUACGGGCGAGCACGGGGUGGGGAUUGGGAAGAAGCAAUACUUGAGGAGGGAGUUGGGGGAGGGCACGGUGCAGUUGAUGAAGAGGAUCAAGGGGAGUGUGGAUCCGCUGGGGCUGUUCAAUCCCGGCAAGGUAAGUGGGCUUUCGCCUGUCUUUGUUUAGGUACGAGCUAA